AUGUAUGGUAUGCUAUUGGAGAGCGUACAGCAUUUCGUGCAGGUUGAGCAUGGCGAGCAUACAUGGAAGCUGGCGUUACAGGCUACUGGCUGCAAGGUGACGGUGUUCAACACGUAUCAGCAAUACCCGGAUAGUCUCAUACCAGAUCUGGCAGCGGCUUUGUCGGCACUCACCGGAAAGAGCAUUGACGAAUUCAUGGUCUUCUUUGGGCGCUGCUUCGUACGGUUCUUCAGUAACUUCGGCUACGAUGAAUUGAUCAAGGCAACCGGACGAUACUUUUGUGACUUUUUACAUUCGGUGGACAACAUCCAUCUGCAAAUGCGCUUCACGUACCGGAAGAUGAAAAGCCCUUCGAUGCAGCUGAUCGAGAUGGACGAAAACGGUGCUGUACUGGUCUACCGGAGCACUCGAUCCGGCUUUUCCAAGUACCUACGCGGGCAACUGAUGGAAAUCGCGAAACAGUUGUACAAUAUGGAUAUCUCUAUUAAGGUGCUGGAAAGUCAGAACGAUGUUCCUGGAGGCACGGCAGGCCCCAUCUCAAUUCAAGGUGGUUUGAAGACAGUCAUUGUAAAGUAUCGUUUGGAUUUCGAUAACCGGGAGUAUAUGCGAAAACGUAUCCACAUUGAGGCGCAUCCGUCGCAGUUGCAGCUGGCACCGGUCGAUAGCAGCCUUCUGCUGGAUCUUUUCCCAUUCGCCUUGAUAUUGAACGAGCAGAUGCAGAUCACUGCCGCCGGGGAGAAGCUAAUCGAAUCGUGGAUGCUGAACAAUGUCAACUGUUCCCCUACCGAACUGAUGGGAUCUAAAGUUACCGAUUACUUCAAGCUACGGCGACCCACUGGGAUUACGUUUACAUGGGAAAAUAUGAAACGUCUUCAAACUGUGAACUUUGAAAUUCAACUGUUGAAAGGUUCAACCCUAAACGGGAUGGAAGAAGCUGCUGCACCGGUCGAUUCGGUGCCUCAGUAUGAGCUUGAUGAUCCCACGAGAUUACUGUCAGUAGCCCGUCGAGGAUCUCAGGGACUCAGAAGCAUUCUACUGAAGGGUGAGAUGCGAUACAUUAAGGAUAUCAAUUCACUGGUGUUUCUCUGUAGCCCUUUAAUCAACAGUUUGGAAGAGCUUCGAGAGGUUGGUCUAUACCUAAACGAUCUAAACACCCAUGGCCUUAGCAGAGAGAUGGUGUUCACUGGAUUUUCGCACAACUCCCGGCUAGAUCUGAUGUGUGAACGUGAGGAAAAGCGAGCUGAAGAGCUGGAAACAUCGUUAGCCCUGGCCGAUUCGUGGAAACGGCAGGGUGACGAGCUGUUGUACUCCAUGAUCCCUCGAUCGAUAGCCGAACGGCUACGGGAGGGCCAGCUAUAUCUAUUGGAUACAUGCAAGAGCUUCGAAGCAGUUACCGUACUGUUUGCAGAAAUUCAGGAAUCGCUCAUGUCCGAUGACUCCAUCAAGAACGCCAUGACGACGGUGAACACGUUGAACGCGGCCUUUAGCGCUUUCGACGAGUUAAUCCAGUCACCGAUGGCGUACAAGGUGGAGACAGUUGGCAAGGUGUACAUGGCGGUAAGCGGUGCGCCGGAUGACAAUCCUUGCCACGUACAGCACACGGCCGAUCUGGCAUUGGAAAUGCUGCAAAGCAUUUAUAACUUGAACUUGCCGGGAGUUGGAGUGAAAAUCGGCUUUCAUUCAGGACCAAUCGUAGCCGGUAUCGUCGGUAUUAAAGUCCCGCGGUACUGUCUGUUCGGCGAUACGGUGAACACCGCAUCCCGCAUGGAGAGCAGUGGUGAUAUCAACAGGAUUCAGGUAUCCGGCAGUACUGCCGCUAAAUUGAAGAAGAAAGGUUAUGAAUUAACGUUUCGAGGAAAAGUGGCGGUAAAGGGUAAAGGUGAAAUGGAAACAUUCUGGUUGGAAUCUGGUCCGAAGAAUUCUGCAGCUAGCAGGAAGAUGUAUGCGAAAAAAUAA